GAAAAGAUUUUUGCUGUGCUUGUUGAAAAUGACCAUUGUCACUGUUUAUUUUUUAAAUAAAAUGAAUCUUAAAUAAAACAUUUUUGAUAAUUGUAAUGCUAAUUUCUACAUAUGUCGAGUAACCCAUUCAGAUAAUUGGAAGGCUCAUUUUCAGAAUUUGAUAUAAUGUACUUUCUACCAAAUUUGUCGUUAGAUCAUAGAUAUGGCUGUCGGCCUGGCAUAACUUUUUCAACUUUGGACCUACUAUGGAAAGUCAAACUUGCUCUGCUAACUGCAUGGAGGUGAACCUUCCCAAUUAUUGAACAAUUGACUGGAUCCUGAAGAUAGAUAUCUUCCUUUAAAAAAUACUCUUGGUCUUCUGUUGUGAUUGAUAUUCUUACACAAACUGGUGAAGAGAGGCUUUUUGUGCCGUGGAAUGGCAUUUUAGAUAGUGGAAUAUACACAUAGCCAAAUUCUUAUUGAAUAACUUUUACCCUGAUAGGAGGCUGCAUAUAUGAGAGUUGUAGUGUUUCUUAAUCAAACUGGUAGUAUGACGUCGUGUUUUUUCCCCAUCUGCCACAGAAGGAAGUCGCCUCCCCCGGGACAUCAUCAAGUAGACAUUGAAGAAGAGAUUUCCAGCAUUCAGAACAUAAAGCUGUACACUUACAAAGAGUUGAGGUUCGCUACAGAAAAUUUUAGCCCAUCAAACAAAAUUGGAGUGGGAGGGUUCGGCACCGUCUACAAGGGAAGCUUGAGCGAUGGAACUUUAGCUGCUAUUAAGGUUCUCUCAGUCGAUUCAAGACAGGGUGUUAAAGAAUUUUUGACAGAGAUUGUGGUUAUCUCAGGGUUGGAACAUGAAAAUUUGGUAAAGCUACACGGGUGUUGUGUAGAAGGCGAUCAUAGGAUAUUGGUCUAUGGCUAUCUCGAGAAUAAUAGCAUUGCUCAGACUCUUAUAGGAUCUAGGUCAAGUGGGAUUCAGUUUACCUGGAGUGGAAGGAGAAAUAUAUGCAUAGGGGUUGCCAGGGGACUUGCAUUCCUUCAUGAAGAAAUCCAGCCUCAAAUUAUUCAUAGAGAUAUUAAAGCAAGCAAUAUCCUUCUUGACAAAGAUUUGACCCCAAAGAUUUCUGACUUCGGCCUUGCCAAGCUUUUCCCCGACAACCUCACUCAUAUCAGUACGCGCAUAGCUGGGACCCCGGGUUAUUUGGCUCCUGAAUAUGUGAUUCGCGGCCAAUUGACAAAAAAAGCUGACAUUUACAGCUUUGGAGUACUUCUCCUGGAAAUUGUUAGUGGAAGAUCCAACACUAACAAGAGACUACCACUUGCUGAUCAGUAUCUUCUUGAAAGGGCAUGGAAACUCUAUCAGAAAGGGGAGCUUGCUGAGUUAGUUGAUUUUUCACUAGGAGCGAAUUUUGAUAUAGAUGAAGCCUUUAGAUAUAUAAAGAUUGCUUUGUUAUGCACCAAUUUCAUGCCUAAUAGCCGACCGUCUAUGCCAACAGUGGUGAAAAUGUUGACAGGGGAGAUGAAUGUGGAUGGCAUGGAGAUAUCAGAGCCUAGUCUAUUGCCUGAAGGGAUGGGCCUCAGAAAUAGAAUGAAAAAGAGCAUGCAUACCUUAUCUGCAGCACCAGGUAAUGAAAAUAAUAAGCCUUUAUCGCUACAGAGCCCUGCCGUCUCCACUACACAAGCAACCAUGACUUUCACUUCCAUAUCUGAUCGGAGUACUUGAAUUAGCAUUUAGCAGUUU